AUGGCUCCGGCAUCCCCGGCCCUGGCCAGUCUUCCUGUCGAGCUCUGGCGCCAUGUCCUGCAGAACCUCGUGUUGCACCGGCUGGCGCCAGACCAAGCCCAGCCUGACCCCGGCUUCCUCGCCAAUCGGAAUGCCCUGCGCGAGCUCUGUCUGACCUCGCGAAUGCUGUCGGCUAUGGCCCGACCGCUUCUCUACGAGACUAUCGUUCUAUAUCCCACUGUGGUGUUGCCUUUUCGGCAUGUCUAUGAUAAGGCUGUGGAUCCUCUCGUGCGUUUGACCUUGACCCUCGCCGAAAACAGGAGCUUGCGACCCUGGAUAAAGAACCUGGCCGUGCUAAUACCACUAUCAAACACGGACGACAUAUGUGGCGUAAUGAAGAGGCGUAUCCACGAAUUCUGGCCUGGAUUCUGCAACUAUAUCGAGCAACCAGGUGUCGAUGAGAGGGAUAUUCUUUCCGCCGUGGGCUUGAUCACGGGUCCUGGAGAAGAGCCGGUGCCAAGAAUAGUGGCUGCACUGCUCGCCAUGGCCCCCAAUUUAGAAAGUCUGCUCUUGCUGGAUCUCCUCGGCCCGGGAACCGAGGUGUUUGACGAGGCAGUCCUCAACCUAGUCGACUCCCAAAGCACCAAGGACGGGUUUCUCUCGGAGCUGAAGACGCUACAAUUCCAGGCUGCAUUCGGCAGGAAUCGAUAUGCACCGUCGGCAAACUAUUGGGAUACUGCCUUUGACGGUGGUCUUUCAACCUGUCUAAUAAACCUUCCUCGUCUGGGUCGCAUGGAUGUGACCUGCAACUACGUAGACAAUAUCAACGUGGAUACACAAAUCCGCAAUGGCCCCAUCCAUCUGAACGAGCUAAAUCUGAUCGUCACUGGUGGUGUUGCACCACUUGGGUCUCUCAUUGGAUUGGCAAGCAAUCUGUCCUCGCUGUCCAUCGACUUCCGGGCUCCUGAGCCUCUCUACUCAAUUACCGGUGCACUCCCUGAGGCCGACCUCAACCCCAUCCUCCUCGAAAGGGCUGGGACUUUAGAACGUCUAGUUCUGAGGACCACUACGUGCCCUUAUAAGCACAUCUCAGAGCAGCUUGGGCCACUAGAGAAACUCAUAUGUCUCCCAAGCCUUCGUCGGCUCACUCACCUCUGCAUAGAGCCUUACUUGUUUCUGGACUGGCUCAACGUCAACACCUGGCCGAGGUUUCUCAGAACACUGCCCCCAAAUAUCGUCUACCUGAAGCUUCUGUUUGUCCCAGAACGCGGGGAGGACCUGGCACGCAUAUGGGCUCGCAGCGGGAUGGGCGCUGCGCUCCGAGCCCCAGCCCACAAAUGGCGAGCCAAGGUUCCGCAUCUCCGGCACAUACACCUUGAGCCGCUGCCUUUCUCGCAGCACGCGGUCGAGGAAAUUAAGCAGGACUUGCAAUUGGCCGGCAUCUCACUUACGUGGCGCGAUCUCGAGGCAGUGGAGUUAGGUCUUGACCUUGCAAGUCUAAGGAUUCAUUGA